AUGAGCAACCGAGCAGGCCACCUGAAGACCGAGCAACUAGACAUGGACUCGCUCUUCGACUUCAUCCAGAGCACUACUCACCCAUCUCCCGCCACCGCGUCUUCAUCAAAGAUUGAUGCCACACCACAGAGUGCGAACCAGGACUGGAAUGGUUUGUCACCGUUCGAGCAGGAGCGUCACCAGCACUUCAGUGGCCCUAGCCAUGACUACAACCAGUACAAGCAGCAGGUUGGCAUCCCAUCCGGCAGCAUGGCCAACCUGCCGCCACAAAACAUGUUCGACGGGUAUGGGUCGGGCAUUGGCGACAUGGGGUUUGAUGCUGGCUUCGGAGGUGGAUGGUCGUCGGGCAUCGACAUGGAUGCCGACAUGAGCAUGGACUUCAACAACCCGACUUCUUCUAUGCCUCCCAUGUUCUUCCCUCCACCCACCAACAACCAGGCCGACAACUUCAUCGACCCUAGCAAUAUCGGCGGCCAGGAGGAACCAACCAGCAACGUCGGCCGUCUGUGGCCUGGCAUGCACUCUCAGCAGGCCCAACAAGCCGCUAUGCAGAAGGCCGCUCAGGUCCAGGCUGUCCAGCAGCGCCAGAUGAAGAUCCAGGCACAGCAUGCACAGUACAGGCAAGCGGCCAACCCGCCUCAAAGUCAGCCGGCAUCGCAGCCCAGCAGCCAGGGCCACUCUAAGCGACCUUCAAACGUCACGGAACCUCAUGUCGAGGAGAGCAUCUCUCGUCUCCUCAACCAGAUGCGUCAGAACAGCAACGCCUCUGCUGACGAUGAGGACUCUCCAUCGAACGGGCUGCCGCAGCUUGCCCGGCUGAAGAAGGAUGAGGAGGAGAUGGACGAAGAUGAGCGUCUGCUUGCAUCUGACGAAGGCAAGAAGCUGUCUAGCAAGGAACGACGACAACUUAGGAACAAGGUGUCGGCUCGCGCUUUCAGAUCCAGGAGGAAGGAGUACAUCGGCCAGCUCGAAGGCGAAGUCGCCAUGAAAGCCCAAGAAGCCAACGCCCUCCGCGUCCAGAACCAGGCCCUGAUCAACGAGAACGACAACUACCGCGGCUUGAUCGAGACUCUCCUCCGCCACCCAGCCUUCGUACCCUUCAUGACAGAGCUCAGCCACGACCCAUCUCUGAUGAACAAGCUCCAGCAACCCACUCAGCAGUCGCAGCAGCAGCGCCCAUCCGUCACGCCCGCCCAGCAGCCCACGCCGGCUCAACAACCUCAACCUCAACAGCAGCAGCAGCAGCCGCCUCAGCAGGACUCCAAGCCCGAAUACCUGAACUUCGACGCCUCUCAGCUCUCAGUCCCAUCCCAGCAGCAGCAGCCCGAACAAGUCGGCAUGGCCAUGAUCCCCGAAAACGACUUCAGCAAACUCAACAUCAACGGCUUCAACGCGAUGAACUUUAACAACUUCCAACGGGUCAACGCCUUCGCCGUCACCGACCUGACGAAAGGUCCUGAUCCGGUGGAUUUGCUCAUCGAAUCGCCUGCCCGCUUGCCUACUUCUCGCUCUACUUCGCCUGCCUCUGCUACUGGAUCCGCUGCUUCUGCUUCUACUACCUGCGACUCGAACCUGACCGUGCUGCUCGCGAAGCUCGAUGGUGCGGCGAGGAAAUUGGAGUGUACGAAUAUACAUACCUGA